UUGGUUGGUUGGGUUACCUUUAGUAUCAACAUAAAAUAUUAAUUGCAAUUUUUCCAUUAAUUUCCCUCUUCAAAACAAAACCAUAAUGAGUUCUGGUAAACACUACGCCAAAGGUUCCUCGAAACCAGUUCUGCCCGACGAUGGACAACUGCGUCUGUUUUCGAUGCGCUUCUGCCCGUAUGCAGAGCGCGCCCACCUUGUGCUAAAUGCCAAGAAGGUGCCGCAUCAUACCAUCUACAUCAAUCUCACCGAGAAGCCCGAAUGGCUGGUGGAUGUGAGUCCGCUGCUGAAGGUGCCUGCCCUGCAGCUACCGGCGGAGAAGGGACAGCCCUCGCUCAUCGAGUCGCUGGUCAUUGCCGAGUAUCUGGAUGAGAAGUAUCCGCAGAAUCCGCUCCUGCCCAAGGAUCCGCUGAAGAAGGCCCAGGACAAGAUUCUGGUGGAGCGCUUCAGCGGCGUCACCGGCGCCUUCAUGAAGAUCCUCACGCAGGGCACUGGCCUCGAUGACUACUGGCUGGCCCUGGACAUCUUCGAGGAGGAGCUGGCCAAGCGGGGCACACCCUUUUUCGGCGGCAACAAGCCUGGCUACGUGGACUACAUGAUUUGGCCCUGGCUGGAGCGUCUGGCUGUGAUUGGCUUAUACCUGAAGGACGAGUACAACUUUGAUGUGAAACGCUUUGCCAGGAUCGCCAAGCUGAUUGAAUUGCUCAAAGCGGACGAUGUGGUUAAGUCCUUCUAUGCCACGCCCGAGCAGCACAUUGAGUUCUGGCAGAGCCGCAAAGCGGGCAACGCCAACUACGAUCUGCUGGCCUAGAUCUCAAUGCUCGAUGCUCGCUGCUCGAUUUUAUAGUUUUUUUAGUUUUACUUUUGUGUGCAAUUU